AUGAAAAUUUUCGGGCGUUCUAGUGUUAAAACGGUGCAAGUCCGCGUUAUUUAUGUUUGGAACGACGGAUUCAUUAAACUAUUAUGUGAUUCUGAACAUAUAUUUAUGGGUGGUACAUUCAAAUCUUGUCCAUCACCAUUUGCACAGGCAGGUUCGAUUCACGCAUUAUCGCCGAUUUUGAAAAAUACAGUUUCAGCACUUUAUACACUAUUAUCAGAUAAAAACAAAAUCACGUACGUAUUCUUAUUCCACGAAGUUAGAAAUGUAACAGUUAGAAAUAAUCUUUUACUGAAUCCAAAAUUUAUAACAUUAGACUUCGAGCGUGGAGCAAUCAAUGCACUGAAACUUGUAUUUUCCAAUUCCAUUAUUAAAGGAUGUAAUUUUCGUUUUAAUCAGUAUUUAUUCAAUAAACUGCAGGAAUUAGGUUUUCAGAAAGCGUUUUAUGAGGCUCACGAGGGAACAUUCCCAGGUGCCCCGCUCCGAUUUCGUUCGUUCAUGCAUCAUUCGAUAAGGGGUCUCGAGUAG